GCCGGGGCUGGCCGGGGCGCGGGGGCUGCUGCGGCUCCGUUGGCCGUGCCCGGGCAGAGCGUGGCUCGGCUGGGGCUACGCGCCCGGUGCCGCUGCACGGGCAGGCAUUAGAAGACCGCCGAGGGGCAGCAGCAGCGGUUCGGGCGCUGCGGGGAGCGCCGCCCGCGGAGCGCUUGUGCCCGGUCUCACUGCUGGGGCUGGGCAUGCGAAGGCAGAAGGGGGCCGAGAAGCACAGAGCUUGUUUGCAGUCGGGUUCAGAGGUGAUUGUUGCUGGUUGGUGCCAGUGUGAGAUGUACACAAACCCAGGUUUGCCUGUGUGGCCCCAGUGGUGGUGUAAGCCAUGAAGUUGUGCUUCAGAUCCCACCUGUGUCCAGUCCUGCCUCUGCAGUGACUGAUGCUGAGAGGUCUAUAUUUACUGAGGUGCAAGAUGCCUGCCCCAAGGCUGCUGUCUAACAGAACCUCCCAGCAAGCCUUGUCUACCUCUGCUUACACCUGGGAGUAUGAGUACUACGAGUAUGGACCAGUGUCGUUUGAAGGCCUGAGAGCUCAUAAAUACUCCAUUGUGAUUGGAUUUUGGGUCGGCCUGGCAGUUUUUGUCAUCUUCAUGUUUUUUGUCCUGACCCUGCUGACGAAGACAGGAGCACCACCACACCAAGACAAUGCAGACCCUUCUGAGAAGAGGCUUCGCCUGAACAGCUUUGUGGCAGACUUUGGAAGACCUCUGGAGGCAGAGAAGGUCUUUCCUCAGCAGGUAGCUGAAGAGUCCCAGUCCCUCUUCCAUUUCUGUAUUAAUGAAGCAGAACAUUUGGGCAGAGCAAGACAAAGUCUGAGAGGUGCAGGUCUGGAGAGUAACCUCCACUUCACCCAGGAAGUUCCCAGGAGCAGUGGAAUGUUUGAGGAGGACCUCAGCUGCCUUGGCAAAUUUAACAUCCCAAACUUUGUGAACACUGAGCACAACUCUUCACUAGCAGAGGACGACCUUCUCAUCUCAGAGCCACCAAUCAUUUUAGAGAGCAAAUCAGUCCUGCAGCCUUCCCAUCGGAUCAUGGACUGAAAAGGCCUCUUCCUUUAAGCUCCACUUGCUUCUUCAGGCAGAUAAUGUUCAUCCAGAGCUACAUUUGGUGUCUUGAUGCCCUUUUGAAGCUCUGCAGUUGACUCUUGUGACUCAAGCAGCACAACUGAAACCAAGGAGAUAAAAUGUGAAAGCACAACUCUCAUCUAGACUCUGUCUGCACUGCAGUUAGAGCUACAGCAAGACUUAUUUGGAUCUACUCAACAUGUGAAAAAUGCUCUAGAGAACAUUCUAAAGCUAUUAAUGGUCAAAGGGUUAAGAGUUUGCAAGCAUCAAAGUCUAGAUGCAGGCAAAUGAAAUCACACAGGAUGAUUUUUAACCAUCUGAAUCCAGCAGACUUUCAGCAGAACAUAAUAAAGUCAGGAGGAAAUUAAAAUCAGGUGCAAUGAUGCAAUUCUUCCCCUAGCAGACAAAGUAUUCUCCACAGCCACCCUGACAACUCCAGCACUUCUGAGGCUCAGAAUCAUCAAUUCUGCUCCCUCUGAGCUGUUAAUGUGAUACUGUGAUGAGGAAAAUGUUUUCCCUGUGAGGGUGACAAAACCCUGGAACAGGCUGCCCAGGUGUGGAGUCUCCUUCUCUGGAGACUUUCAAACCCCUCCUGGAUGCAUUCCUGUGCACCCUGGGUGCUCCUACCCUGGCAGGAAGACUGGACUGGAUAUCUCUGGAGGUCCCUCCCAACCCCUAAAGUUCUGAGAUUCUGUGAAAGGACAUCCCACUACAAACAUAAAAGUCUUCUGCUAACCUAUGACACUCUUCUGUGGCAUUCUCUGAAGGCUCUGCCUGUGAACUGGAGCACUAACCCCACAGCUUUCCUCUCUGGUCUUCUGUUUAAGGAGGUUCACACACUUCUUAGUGCACACAAACUAGACAUAACUGAACACACAGACAAUCUUGCCAGCUAAAGCUUUAGACAGACACUGUUACCAGAUUUCUCCUCGUGUGCAGCUUCUCCUUCUCCUUUUGCAGUUUCUUCUUUCCUGUGGGAUGAAAUGAAAGCUUUCACUCUCUUCUUGCACUGCAGGGAAAUCAUUAUUUUCCUGCCUCCCAGCUUUGGUGUCUCUUACAGUUAGCAAUGAAAUUAAAAACUGGAACUUGUCCAUUCUAUCAAAUCAUAAGUA